GGGCCGGAGCCGGGAUGGAGGACGUUAACUCUAACGUGAACGCGGACCAGGAGGUGCGGAAGCUGCAGGAGCUGGUGAAGAAGCUGGAGAAGCAGAACGAGCAGCUGAGGAGUCGCUCCGGGGCCGCGCAAACAGCCGUCCCCGGCGCGCAGGGAAGCCCCAGCCGUGGCUCCGCCGCCGCCUCCGGGACCGCUUCUUCCCGGGUCUUCUCUUUGGGCCUGACCUCCAAGGCGGCUGGGCCGGGCCUGAGACGGACAAGCAGCGAGGAGCUGCGGGACGGGGCCACCUCCUUGCUGGCGGCCGGCGAGGGCUGUGUGCUGGACGAGGUGGAACCGCUGCGGCCUGACGAGCUGGAGCGCCUCUUGGGCUGGGAAGAGGAGGAGAGCUGGUUGUACUCAUCACCAAAGAAGAAAUUGACUCCAUCACAGAAAGCAAUUAGUCCCUUAGUUUGGUGCAGACAGGUUUUGGAUUACCCAAGUCCUGAUGUUGAAUGUGCUAAAAAAUCUCUGAUCCAUAAACUUGAUCAAACUAUGACAGCCAUCAAAAGGCAGAGUUUGUACAACAAUUCUUUCAACUCUAUGAGUUAUACAAAUUCAUACAGCCCAAAUGCAAGUAGCCCUUAUAGCAGUGGUUUCAAUUCUCCUUCCUCAACACCAGUGAAACCUCCUGGGGUCAAACAGCUUGUACUUCCUGGAAGUUCAGGUAAUUUUAAAAGUUCUACAGAUAAAAAUCCACCUCUCAGUCCUCAGUCUUCUGUAGAUAGUGAGCUAAGUGCUUCAGAAUUGGAUGAAGAUUCUAUUGGAUCGAAUUAUAAGCUAAAUGAUGUAACAGAUGUGCAAAUUCUAGCUCGGAUGCAAGAAGAAAGUCUUCGGCAAGAAUAUGCAGCCACUACAUCUCGGCGCAGUUCUGGUUCAUCUUGUAAUUCUACAAGACGGGGUACAUUUAGUGAUCAGGAACUUGAUGCUCAAAGUUUAGAUGAUGAAGAUGACAACAUGCAUCACGCGGUAUACCCUGCUGUUAACAGGUUUUCUCCAUCACCACGUAACUCACCACGGCCUUCACCCAAACAAUCACCUAGAAAUUCUCCUCGUUCACGAUCUCCUGCUCGGGGGAUGGAAUACAGUAGAGUGUCCCCGCAGCCUAUGAUUAGCCGCUUACAUCAACCUCGUCUGUCUCUUCAAGGCCAUCCUACAGAUUUACAAACAAACAAUGUUAAAAAUGAAGAGAAACUUAGACGUAGUCUUCCAAACCUGUCCCGGACCUCUAAUACACAAGUUGACUCUGUGAAAAGCAGCAGAAGUGAUUCAAAUUUUCAAGUGCCAAAUGGAGGAAUACCUCGAAUUCAGUCUCAAGCAACAGCCACUUCCCAAAGGCUGAAAAAUUUGCCUCGUACUUCCCUCAAAGCCAAACAGUUGCUUCAAACUUCAUCUACAAAAAGAGUACCUUCUCCAAGUAAAUUCCGCUCUCCUGCAGCACCAUCUCCUUUGGCACUCCGACAGCCAGUGAAAGCUUUUAGUAACCAUGGUUCUGGCCCUGUUGGUGGUCAAGAAGCAGCACAACUCACUCAGCCUAAUUCUUCACCUGGGCCCCCUGUCGUUCAGAAUGUGGUCUCACCAACCCCUGCCAGCAGCAUCAAUAGCACUACUCUUACUAGACCUGCAGGGACCACAGGAAUGAGGAGUGGCUUGCCCAGACCUAGUGCCCCUUCUGCUGGGGGAAUACCAGUGCCUCGCAGCAAACUUGCACAGCCUGUUCGCAGAUCACUGCCAGCUCCUAAAACAUAUGGUAGCAUGAAAGAUGAUAGUUGGAAAGAUGGCUGCUAUUGACCAGCAGAAAUGAAUGCAGGGUCCUCGGCUUUAUGGACGUCCCUUCACCAGACUAAAAGACAACUUUAUAUGCAGAUGCUCCAGAUGUUGACUUUGGGAUCUGUAAAGUCCCAGCCCUCUCUGUCUUAAUUAGCACAAACUGACAGAGAUGAUCAAGCAGCACUUUAAUGACAUUUAACAUCAGCUCUGUUUGGUAAUCACACAAUCAUUCUCCAUCGAAUCACUUUUAGUUCUGUUUACUAGAAAACCCAGUUAAUUUUUGAGUAUUUGACAGAGGCCAAUGUCUGGGCAAAAACCCUAAAAGAUGCCAAAGAGUUAAUUAAUGCCCAUUUGCAUCCAAGAGUGUGCACCUCAUUGCACAAGAAAUAUGGUAUAGUCAAGCUAUCCAAAACAUUCAGCCUAUUCUAACUUUAUAAAAAAUACAUUUUUCCCACCAAUAAAUGUGUUUUAAUGAGAAUUAAUGUUCUGAUUAUAAUUGUCUAAAAGUGGUGUUUUCACUAGUAUUCAAAUUACAAAUUGAAAAGCGUUUCAAUCUUUUAAAAAUAGUACCUUUAUUUAAAAGCACUCUAGCAGCUAUUUUUUGGAGCUAUAUUAAAGAAAUGGUUUAACCCUAGUUGACAUGGCAUCAUCUGAUCCUAAGUUUCGGAUGUAGCUAAUCUAGAUCACCACCUUGCACAAGAUGGUAUUCUAGCUUGCAUCCUGCAUGUUGCAUCGACAUAUCAGACUUUUUGUUGCCAAAAGGGCUUCGUAUCAGUUGUACAAUCUUUCCAAACUUCAUAAUUCCUGGCUCAGGAAAGAUGGCCUUUGCUAUUGAAGCCAGCUCAUUAACAUGCUAUUCACCAUUACAGACCUGAGAAGUAAUUUUGGUAGUUGUAUUAGCAGGUUUCCUUGAAAGAAAGAGAGCAAGUCGUACUGUCUAUUCAUUCUUAUCACACCUCAGUGCUUAUGGCCUGGAACAAAACUGUAUACAAUAACAGCAAAGGAAAAAUCUAUGCAUUUACACAAACUCUCUGGACAUGGUAGUUGUACUGUUGAUACCAAAUGACACAUAUAGUUAUGUUUCAUGGUAUGAAAAAUAGCUUGCUGAAUGAAUCCUGUUUAAUGUUGAAAUUUCUUUUGGAGAUGUUGUCCCUUAGAAAAUAUAUUCUGCCUUAUAUCUGUUUUUACAUUAUUGCUAACAUUUCAAAACCUGCUACGUAUGUUUACAAACUUGUAAAUUCUUCCCACCUAAUUGGCUAUCAAAUUUACCCUUGGUUUCACCUACCUGGUUGCCAGACAAAAACUGCUUUACAGGAAACUUUUGGUUUUUAAGCCAUCCCUACCCACCCCACCCCACCAACUCCUCACUUCCCCUCAGUAGUUUUUAAAAACUGGGACUUUGGUAGCCUAAAAAAGAUUUAGAUAACCAAACAUAAGUUUUAUUGUCUAUUAAGCAAAGAAGUAAGCUGGCCAAAGUAAGUGGAAUAAGAGUGAGAGGACCAGUGGGCAACGGAAUCUUUUGUUUUAUGGAUUAAAAAAGGACAAAAUACCCAUUAAAAAUCCCCAUUCUAUAAUACCUGUAACAUCACUGUAGUUUGUUAUCUUAAUGAGCAACAGAAAGAAAUUUGGGGGAAGAAAUUUUAUCCUUUUAAUUCCAGUGAAUACUUAAUAGUGGUAGAGUACCAUGGUAGCAUAGGAACACCACAAGAUGAAGAGCCAUGAAAUAUUAUGUGCCAGAGGCAAAGGAUAAGGCAACUCGAAAGCACCUGAUGAGAGUAGCUCAGAUGAUUCUCCAUACACUUGUAGGCUGAUUUCAUGCGGCUUGUCCUACCUGUAAUCCCUUACUUCUAAUACUAAGAUAAAUGUAACUACCUUUUCCUAGGACAUAGCCACAAAAGAGAUUUCAGUAUUGAAUACACAGAACCAACGGCGGCAGAAGGGCUCCAACUACCAGACAACUUUCCCUCUGAGCACUUUGCUAACAUAGGCCAUACAUCUACAUGGGUGAUGUCACUUAAUAAUUAUAUAAGCAUAUAAGUGAAAGAACUAGCUAUUGCCAUAAAAACAGGCCUGUUUGCAGUGCAACAUUGCAAAAAAAAAAUAUGCUGCAGUCUAAUAGGAAUUUAAAUUGAUUAUGAAAAAAUUAAUCUUUCAGUUUGAAAAUGAGUUUCAAAAGGAAUAUUCAGGUUAACUUUGUUUUUAAGUGGCUGCAUCUGAAAAUAUAUAUUUUUAAAAUUCAACUGCUUCAUCACUUAUUAAAAAUAUUCUGAACUUGGGUUUGGUAAAGCAAUCUUUUACCUGCUGUUCUACUACCACAGACAUUUGGCUUCUGGUUUCCUGAAGAGAAAAAUUGAUUUUUUUUUUUAAUUAGGAAGCCUUUGUGCACUGCCAAUUUUUCUGUUUGGGGAAAUCUAAGGAUUCUCUGUGGUUAGACUUAUGGAAGAAAUGUGGAUUUGAUAAACUAGUGCCUAUGAUUUACUUAACUUAUGUUUGAUAUAUAGUAGGUAAGGGUUUUAUGAAUGUGGAUUAUUUUUUUUGUGCCAACAGCUCUGAAUUGUCACUUAUAUGUAAGCAGAAAGCUUUGAGCUCUGCUUCCAAAGUUAUUUAAUUUUUCCAGUGUUUGAAUGUUAUUUUUUGUAAGUGUGUUAAUAAAAAGUGUAAAAAUUAGAAAAUAUAAAUAUUCUUAACUCUUAAGCAUUUGCUGGAUCAUUUUUCUAUAAAACUUAUUUGUAUAAUAUAAAACACUCUUAAGGGUUGACUUUUUCUUCAGUUAUUAGACCCUGGAAUCACAUUUUGUAAAAAAAAAAAAUGGGGACCAUUCAUAAUUGUCAGAGAAUUUUUAACGUUACUAUCUCAGCCAGUUUCCAUGCUGAUUUUAUCACUUUUAUAACAAAACAUUUUCAAAAAAUCUAAUUGGAUAUGUAUGUGGCCCCUGAAUAUGUGUAUCUGUAGUAUGAUCCUAGACUGUGUAUGUUUAAAUUAACUUUUUAUCGAAUUGACUGUACAGGUGUCCAUUUUUGACAUUAUGCAUGGUCCUUUUAGAUCACAUGAAGUUUGAUUUGCAGACGUUUCUAUAGAUUAACUUGUAUAUGUGGUUGUCUCCUUAAUAAACAGCCUGACCAUAA